AUCGGCUACCAGGACCGGCAGUUUGAACCGAGAGACCGAGCGGGAACCGUUAGUGGCGCGAGAGACCGACAUUUACUGCCAGACGGACAUAAAUAUUAUAUAUAUAUAUAUAUAUAUAUACACACACAGAUAUUUAUAGGGAGAUACUCCGAGACAGAGAUCCACACACACCCCUCCCCGUGACUGGCCUACACCGACCUCGGCUCCUGCCUCCUCCCGUCCGAGUCCGCCCAGGAGCGGCAGCAACUGGCAGUUGUCACCCGGAAUGACCACGAAGGAGAAUUGGGACCCACAGCGGCUCGGGAGUAAUAAGAGGACAUUUACUCCGAAUAGAUUGUGCAGUCCGAAGCCUUGUCUGAAGAAGCAGCUGAGCGGAUCGUUCAUUCCUGCAUCACCGACCGCCAGUUUCUCAAAAAACAUGUCCAAAGUUGCUACUGUGGUACCACAGACAACAGCACUGGGAUCUGGAGUUCAAAGAGUACUGGCAGAACCAGAAAAUCAGCAGCAGUUAGUUAAAAGCUGGUCCAUCGAUGACUUUGAUAUUGGACGUCCUCUUGGAAAAGGCAAAUUUGGAAAUGUGUACAUGGCUCGUGAACGGGAAACUAAGUUUAUCCUGGCACUGAAAGUGCUUUUCAAGUCUCACCUUGAGAAAGAAAACGUCGAGCAUCAACUCCGAAGAGAGAUUGAAAUUCAGUCUCAUCUCAAGCAUCCAAACAUAUUAAGACUUUACAACUAUUUUUUCGAUCGAACAAGAAUUUAUCUAAUGUUAGAAUUCGCUCCUCGGGGAGAGUUGUACAAAGAGCUGCAGAAACGAGGCUGCUUCAGUGAACAACAGAGUGCCACUUACAUGUUGGAACUGGCAGAUGCUUUGCUUUACUGUCAUUUAAAGAAGGUGAUUCACAGAGACAUCAAACCAGAGAAUCUACUGCUUGGUCUGCGUGGGGAAUUGAAAAUAGCUGACUUUGGCUGGUCUGUGCAUGCUCCUUCAUCCAGAAGAAAGACUUUAUGUGGCACUUUGGAUUACCUGCCUCCAGAGAUGGUGGAAGGGCGUUUGCAUGAUGAAAAAGUGGACUUGUGGUGCUUGGGCAUUCUGUGCUACGAAUUCCUGGUAGGACACCCUCCGUUUGAAUCAUCAUCUCACCAAGAGACCUACAGGAAGAUCUGUAAGGUUGAAAUCCAUUUUCCAUCCAGCAUGUCAGAUGGUGCUAAGAGUCUGAUCAGCCAGUUGCUUCGACAUAAUCCAGUCCUGAGACUUCCCCUCAAGGGAGUGAUGGAACAUCCAUGGGUGAAAGCCAAUGCCCGGAGGCUCCUUCCACCAGAAUGUACAGCCAGUGGUGAGAAUGAAGGACCUCACUAACCCUGGGGAUUGCUAACGUGUAUGCAAGCCAUGUAAUUAGCAAUCCUCACGUGUAAAUAUACAACUGUUUUAUACUCCAUAUCUUUUCUCUACCCUUGAUCCUCCCUUGGUCUAGUUUCAGCUGUUUGUGCUCUAAAGUUGAAGCUGACCUUUUGAGAAUGUAGUAUCAGUCUUCACAGAAAAGUUUCAGGCGCUUGGUGGAACACCGAUCUUGAAUAUUGCUGAAGAUUUUAAAUUUGUCCUACGAGCAUAAGAUUCAAACAAUCUCAAUUUUAUAGUACAUGGGAAAAGUGUGGCAAUUGGUGACUAGUUUCUUGUCAGCAACAUUCAAAUAAUUUGGUUCUUGUUUCAAGUUCUUGUUUUAACAUUUUUCUUAACUGUUGAGUGCCUUGAGUUCUUUAUUGUAAAUCAUGUUCCUCAUACUGGCAUUCAGUCUCAGCUUUGUGUUGCUUUUGUGUAAAUGAGUGAGCAGUUCUGAAGCAAAUCCAAUGUGUAUGAAACAUGUAUUUACUGCUUCAAGAGAGCUGAUUUGAAUUCUGCCAGACUCAAUUAGUUUGGGAAUUGUUUCUCUUUGCUGUAUGUAGUCACUAAAUAAACUUGACAUUCUGUAGAAAAUUCACUAAAGUAUUAUAACAUUUUUAGUCAGCAGUCUAUGGCUGUGGCUCUUCUGAAAACAAAUUAAUAUUCUAAUGGUCACUAACUUCCUGCUGUUUUUUUUGCAAAUAAAAAUAUCCUGAAAUUA